AACAUGGGCUAGAAAAGCACAUGUAUAAAAUUUGUCACUUCACUUUAUAUAUUUCUCAAUUAAAAUUUUAACUCAUGAUAAUUUUGUAAAUCUGUCCCAAUUCUUUAAUCUUGAUAAAAUUAACAACUUUCGACAAUAUGUACCUCCACUGUCUCCCUUGCAACGUUCGACAACGGAACUGUCGAGAUUGGUACUAUCACCUAAACUCACCCAAGCAUCAAGAAUGUGCAAAAGAAGCUGUUAACAAUUGUUCCAGUGAGAUGAGCCAACGAUCCAUUAUCUGUUAUCAGUUUAGCAAAGAAAUGAUGACCCACUUCCAGGUGAAGAUGAGUGAUUUUACUGCCUACUUUGCCAAAUUUGGUCUUAUCCACGACAUUUACUUCAAGACGUCGUUAACUGAUGGUAGUAUCAAGGCAUGUCUGGUGCUUAUGGAUUCUGCAGAACUAGCGAAACGUGUCAUGGCCGACUUGAGAAGUGUGAGCGGUUCAGAGGACGCACACCGAGUCAAACAUGUCAUAGGCAUGUUCAAACUUCGUCAGGAAAUUAGCCCAACACAAUUUCAAAAUGUGAUGAAAAUUCCUAGCGAAGAAGUUUUUCAGCAGCGACACGACAAAUUGGUCCAAAUUUGUGAGAAUAUCUCACUAGAGCAGCAAUUUUAUGAAUUUAUAUGUGCCACCAGCAUUUCUCCUGAACAGAGUCAAAUCAGGAACGACUUUAUUCUACAACUCGAGACUGUUUUGAGUCAGGAAUUUGGAAAUUGUGAAUUGCUGUCUUACGGCUCAUUCUUUAUUGAGAUUGCGGACCAGCAUGGAUCAGAUUUGGAUAUCUUUGUCAUCGCUGAAGACGAAUCAACAAAUCAGCAAAACUUGACCCAUGAAAGCACGGGUGAAUCUGGUGAUGUGACGAAGAAUGACAUUUUCGAGCGAACACUAAGCUGUAUCCGCCGCAACAACUCGUCCGCGCGACGUCAAGGGAGAAAACCAUGGUUUAGAAGUAUAAAUCCAGUCUACGCACGUGUCCCAAUUAUCCGUCUGACCCACGAAGCAACUGAACUGCAAUGUGACCUCUCCUUCAGCAGUAUUCUCUCGGUGCACAACUCGCGCCUCAUGAAAUUUUAUAUUCAAUUCGACCCACGUGUCCGUCCCCUCAUGAUGUUUCUUAGGUACUGGGGCCGUUACCAUUCUCUUCUUGGUUCCAAUAAGAUCAAACCAUACGCCUUGAUGCUAAUGGCUGUGGUGUACCUCAACCAGAACAGAAUCCUGCCAAACGUAAAUUUCCUACAAAAUAAUUAUGCCGGAGAACCACUAAUACUGGAGGGUUGGAAUGCAGGAUUUGAAUCGAACGUGGAGAAAGUUCAACAGAUAAUCUGUCAAAGUGGAUACCCAGCACCCUCCGUCCCUGAGGAAUUAGAUUAUAGCGACGUGCUAAAACUGGCGCAAGGGUUCUUCGACAUGUUUGGAAACUUGAAUUUUGCUGAUUUCGUUGUCUGUCCUCUGCUGGGAAAUUUCGUUGAGAAAAGUUACUUGCGCGAUGAAGACAAAUUUCAAGCCAUGUUUAUGUCUAAAGAUAUCUUUCAGUUGGUAAAAGAAAUUAAGCUCCAAUCUCCAAUGUGCAUCCAAGAUCCCUUCAAACUCAAUUUUAACGUGACGAGCGGCGUUGAUCCCAAGCAAGUCAAACGGUUCACCAGCAUUUGUAGAGAGACAGCAAAAUUUCUGGAAGAUAUCUUGGUGGCAAAGAAAGGAAACCUAUUUUCGUCCGUUUUUGUUAACAUUGAAAACUUGUUAUCGAGAAAAGAAAAUGCUAACAAUAAUAAUCGUGCUGAGGAACCAUUCGUGAUAUCAAACUGGGACGUUUCAACAGCUCAUGAAGUAGUUGAUCAUUUAGCUCAGAAAUUAGUUCAACAAAAGGAUGAUGCAGAUAAACUAUCACUAAUUAAUUCAAAUAGUGAAACGGAGACUGCAAGAGCAUCAGUAGAGAGUGAUCAAGGGAACCAGUUUUGUAGAGACGUGCCCGACAAUAUAGUGCACCAACAAACUUUCACAUUCAGCUCGGAACACUAUAUUUCUCAAGAAUUUGAACAUAUUUUCAUGACAGCCUGGUCUUGCCUCGGUGUCACCCAAGGCGAGUUAACAAAUUGUAUGAAGAUCCUCUGGACUGGUUUUGCAUCCGAUUUUUUUCAAGCAAUAUUCCAAACAGGAUUUGGCUUGAACGUCAGCAUACAAAAAUUUCCGAAUUAUACAGCAAUCCCAUCUUUCAACGUGGAUGAAGCAAAAAGCAGAUUGGACCUAUUGCCAUAUACACUAAAUAUCACCCUGGAUGAGAUGAAAGGACUAUAUUUCAUCGAAACGUUUCGUCGUGCUAAUCAUGAUGUUGUUGAUGAUUCAAAAACCUAUUCCCUAGACGGAAGUCCAGAUACGAAAAGACCUAAACUCGACGUAACAAAUCAAAAAUUGGAAGUUGGAGUAAAUAUCAACCAUGGAGAAAACAACAAUGACGAUGGAAUUGACUCCGCGGCGUCACCCUUCGCUACUACACCCCUUCCAGAAUCAUCAAAAAUUACUAUCAACAUUCCUCACCAACCACCUAUUUCUGUACCCGUGAAUGUUCCUGCUGCUUGUGAAGCAUAUCGGAAAAUUCCAACCGGACUAAGAAAGCCAUUUUCAAACGUAAUAUCAAUUCAGGGAGCAGCCACCCCAUUUAUCCAUAGACAGAGCCGAGUAUAUGACAAAAUUCUCCUCAAUCAGAAACUUCCCCUUCUUACGCUCAAUCCAUUCACUGUGGAGGGAGCGGCUACCAAGUAUUUCAAAAAAUUGAACGAGUCUAAUCCCUUUCAAGUCAAUUUCCUGUGCAUGGUUUCAAUCAACACGACUGAACCCGUUGCUCAGGUUCAUUUGGAGGAAAAGAUUCAAUUUCCUGAAGUACAGUUCCCUGUUGUCCAUCUUUUGCGAGACCUAGGUUUUUGUAAAAUGUUUCAACAGUACGCAUUGUAUCGACUAAAUAAGUUGCUCUUCAAAUAGAUGUGCUGCUUCAAAAUGAUUCUCAAUAACCAGUAUUUUUUGUGAUUAUGACACAAAGCCUUAACAAUUUUACCUCAAUACCAUUAAUUUAAACUAAUCAUAUUGCUGUAUUAAUAUUGGCCUUACUCACAAUAAGGUCAUUAUUAUUAUAGUACAGCUCAUAGACUGAUUACUUGUUACAAUUAUUUUUCCUCUGUUUAUUUCACGACACAUGAAAAUUUUGACCAAGACUGACCAAUUGUACAAUUUAGUCAAUCGAUUGUUAGCGAUUUAUAGCACAAUAUGAUAUUAAAUCAAAAAUCAGUUAUUA